UAUGAUUACUGUACAUGGCCAUCGAUGCCGCUGGAUAAACCAAACCAGCGAUGUAAAUAACAGCGACGGAGGCGGUGGAACUAACAUGCCUAAUUCUAUCACAGCUUGACAUGAGAAAAUAAUACAUGGCAUCUGGGUUUAUCCCCUUGGCAAAACCACCGCGGCCGUCCUUUUAUGCGCGUCUCCGAAUUUGGCUUUGACAGCCCACCGGAUGGUUUUCUUAAUUUGACGCACGAACCUAAUCACACGACGGGCGGUUUUAUCUAAUAACCCACUUGGGAAAAACGGGUCAUUAUGACCUUAGUAUCCUCAUCUAAAAGAAAACCAUUGGAUUGUUUUUCCGCAGCAGCGUUCUGCUUGUAUUUCUUGCUGUGGAUUGUAUGCGCUGUGUCCGGAGAAGAGCAUCAUCAGUUCAGCGUUGAGGGAUGGCUACAGAAGUACGGCUACCUGCCCCACACAGACCCCAGAAUGGCUGUCCUGCGCUCAGCCCAGACCAUGCAGCAAGCCAUAGCAGCAAUGCAGCGCGUCUACGGCCUCAAUGUCACAGGGACACUGGAUGAGAGGACCACAUAUGAUAUCACACUAAGUUGGAUGAAGAGGCCGAGGUGUGGAAAUCCAGACAAACUAAAGGGCAUUUCAAGGUCACGGAAGCGGAGGUACGCACUGACGGGGCAGAAGUGGCAGCGAACACACAUCACUUACAGCAUAAAGAACGUCACGCCCAAAGUGGGCUCCAGGGAGACCCACGAUGCCAUCCGGCGUGCGUUUGACGUGUGGCAGGGGGUGACGCCGCUUCACUUUGAGGCCGUCCCUUACAGCGCCCUGGAGAGCGGUAGGCGUGAUGUGGACAUCACGAUCAUCUUCGCCUCAGGUUUCCAUGGCGACAGCUCACCCUUCGACGGUGAGGGCGGGUUCCUAGCUCACGCCUACUUUCCGGGCCCUGGGAUCGGAGGGGACACCCACUUCGACUCAGACGAACCCUGGACCCUGGGGAACCCCAACCACGAUGGUAAUGACCUGUUCCUGGUGGCAGUCCAUGAGCUGGGCCACGCCCUGGGUCUGGAACACUCCAAUGACCCCACAGCCAUCAUGGCUCCAUUCUACCAGUACAUGGACACAGAGAACUUCAAACUUCCUCACGACGACCUUCAGGGCAUCCAGAAAAUCUAUGGUACUGUACCAACAGGUCCACCAGACAGGGCUCUCCAGCCCACCAGGGCCCCACCCACGGCCCCUCCCCCACGCUUCCACUCCCCCUCGGAACCCCGCAAGCACGACCGCCAGGUACGGCCCCACCGCCCUCCUCAGGGUGCCAAACCCUCCAACCCCUACGCCACGCCCAACAUCUGCGACGGAGGCUUCAACACCCUGGCCAUCCUCAGACAGGAGCUGUUCGUAUUCAAGGACCAGUGGUUCUGGAGGGUGAGGGACAACUCAGUGGUCCCUGGCUACCCCAUGCAGAUCAACUACUUCUGGAAAGGCCUGCCUGCCAAGAUCGACGCUGUCUAUGAAAACAGCGAAGGGAAGUUUGUCUUCUUCAAAGGGAACCGCUUCUGGGUGGUCAAGGACACUACUCUGCAGCCCACCUACCCUCAGGAUAUCUCUCUGUUUGGGAGCGGGAUGCCCACCCAGAGUAUAGAGACCGCCGUGUGGUGGGAGGACGUGGCCAAGACAUACUUCUUCAAGGGAGACAGAUACUGGAGGUACAACGAAGAUAUGAGGAACAUGGACCCUGGUUACCCCAAACCCAUCACGGUUUGGAAGGGCAUCCCUGACUCCCCUCAGGGGGCGUUUGUGGACAAGGCCAACGGAUUCACCUACUUCUACAAGGGGAAGGAGUACUGGAAGUUCAACAACCAGCGGUUGCGUGUGGAGCCGGGCUACCCCCGCUCCAUCCUGAGGGACUUCAUGGGCUGCGACGGCCCGCCGGCCGACCCCGACUGGGACUGGAGCCCCCCGGAGGUGGAGGAGCGCCACUCCGACAGCAGCAACGGUGAUGUGGACGUCGUCAUCAAGCUGGACAGCACAGGGGGCACAGAGAAUGCCGUGGCUAUCGCCAUCCCCUGCGUCCUGGCGCUGUGCAUGAUGGUCCUGCUCUACACUGUGUUCCAGUUCAGGAGGAAGAGCACGCAGAGACACAUACUGUACUGCAAGCGCUCCAUGCAGGAGUGGGUCUGAGCCAAACCUGAGACUGGACUGGAACUGUAGGGGAGGUGUAUGGAACUUCCACUAGGGACUGUGGGAAGAGCUAUCAAACUCCUAUUGCUCUCUAGUUGUUAAACUAACUCCCUUUGUUGAUGGACAGUAUAUGCAGUACAGUAGAGUCCUCCUCCUAACAUGUUCCAAACUGUGCUUUGCCCUCUUUGUGACAUGCAAGGUGGAGCGAAGCGAGACGUCUUCAUUCAAGACUAUAAUGGACUGUGGCUGCCAAUUCCAACGAAGAUGUGUCUGCUUUAACUCUUGACUCUCAUUGGGUGCACUCAGUAGUUAUUGGAGAAAAAGGAAAGCUGUGUGGGACCCAUGUCUUUCUCUGUCUCUGCACGCCCCUAACAAGCCCUUACUAUCUACAGUACAGUGGACCAUUUAGUAAUAGGCUACUACUUUUUAUUUUCAUGUCCUAGUAAAGUUCAAGUUGCCCAGACUCUGUGCUUUUUGAUUUAAUUCUCUUUCAAAUAUUAGUAUUUGUGAGGUGGACUGUCUGAUACCCAAACCAAAUAUGACCUUUGACCUAUCUUCCCUUCCUAGUGCGGAUUACGACUCCGAGAGUCUUUGUUGGGAUGUUUAAUUCUAAUCUAUGGAUCUAACAUCAUCAUGACAUGACAUCACGCUUACGUUUUCUUUGGCCAUGUCUUUUCCAUAUCUGCCCAUGGCCAUCCGUCUGGUCUGGUGUGCUCUCUGUCUGUCUGUGGUCUACGGGAAGCAGCAGCAGCUAGGAACAGAGCAGAGAACUGAAUAAGACUGUUGUGGCAGUCUGUCUCUAACACAGGGGGCCAAAACCAUCUCUGCAAUAUUUUGGAGACUGCCUUAAUCAUAGCUUACUUUUGUUGUGUGUGUGUGUGUGUGUGUGUGUGUGUGUGUGUGUGUGUGUGUGUGUGUGCACGUUAACAUAUCUACUGUAUGUAGGCUCCACAAAUCUGUAUGAAGAUAGUGGUAGUGAGGUUUACUGUGUCCAUUUCUUAACAUCUUUUGACAUGUUGUUCUUCUGACUGGCAGUGACAGCAGUUGGUUUUUCAUGUAUUAUUUUACAUGGUGUGAUAAAAAAAAAAAGUAAAAGAAAAAAGUGGCAAAAUCCUGGCUGUGAUCUGAAGACAUAUACAGUAGGUACAGUCAAUGUGAAUAAAAUAUACAGUAGGUCCCAAAAAAACAUGUUACAGUAUAUUGUCUCUGAAUUGCCCAUGGUUGCCCUCCAUGAUAUUAAAAUCAAUGUGGUUGUGUGAUGUCACGUUCCUCUCGACGUGUGUGAGAUGACUCAGUAUGUGAGAGAAGAAACAUAUUUUUAGGGAUUUGAGUUGUCCACAUUUAUGGUACUUCUUUUUUGUUUUUACUUAAAAAUAUUUGAUAAAAUCAGGAUAAUGAACUCCAUAUCAACAGCUAUAUCAAUACUAUACAGUGCCUUGUGAAAGUCUACACACCCUUGUAAAAGUUUAACAUUUCGUGUUAAAAAGAGAUUAAAUUGGGAUUUUUUUUGUGUACACA